GAUCAAUCAGCCCCGGCGAGGAGGGAUGCUCCGACCUUCCGCACGUCGCCGCAUCUCGACGCGCAUCGCGAAAAAACAACACAUUUCUGUUGUGUCUUAAUUGGCCUGUGCGAGCGUGGCCGGCUAGGCUAACGCGACUAGCUCGCUAGCAUGCUAGGCAGCGGCCAGCUUGUGUUGUGGUGCGAUACAGCCGUUCGCUCGGCUAGCUAGCGAGCUAGCCUCCCGUCGGGCCGGUCUUCUUUGUCGCUUUUACCAACCGAUUAGGGCGAAAUUACCGGCGAGCGAGCUCACCGGCGCGCACCGGGAGGCUCGUACUGGUGAAACGGGAGGUUCAACGGGUUCGCCGGCGGGUUUUCUUUCUAACGUUAACUGUUAAACCCUGCUAGGCCCGGCUAGCGCGACUAAAGCUAACCAUGCUAAUAACAGCUACCGCCACUGGUAUUCACCGCGGUGUGUUUUGCAAAUGUAACCGGCGUUUGAAGCCGAGGAGCCGCGGCGCGGGGACCGUGAGGCCGGUUCGUCUGCUCGGUGACUCGGCGGCCGCCGGUAGUCUGAACCAGCGGGGUUUGUGUCGGAGUGGAGCCGCGUCCACACGUAACUACUCCGGUUCACCAAGUGGACGUUUUAAAUGACGUCCUGGACAUCCAGCGUGUGUGUGUGACGCUCUUCGUUUGUAAAUAUGACUUCAGCUUCUCACUUGUUGUUACUCCCGAGUCGCGUGUGUGCGAUCAGCGUAACGAGCUUCUUCCAUUCAGCCACCGACCAUCUGUCGCGGUUUGAAUCCCCCUCGGGCUCAUGAUUGCACCUAUUUGAAUUAUUAUUAAUUCAUAAUUAAAACAGAUAAUCCUCUUAUUGUUUUUAUUUUGGUUUUCAGUUCGCAUCUCGCAUUUAGCGGAAGCUUUUAUCCGAAGCGAACAAACCCAGAAGAAGAAGAAGAACGUGUGACUGACACUUGACAAAAGCACCAAACAAUAACUUGAAAAAUACCAGCAUCGUUCAGAUGUUUAGUCCUGCUACAUUCACCCAGGAUUGUGAUUUACCCUGCAACUGCAUGUACUCUACUCAUGUGUAAAUAUUAUGGUGCGGUGAGCUGGGUUUCUUUCUGCUGCCCCACAUUCCCGGGUUGUCCUGAGAGAUGUCCACUCCUGACCCCCCAAUGGGAGGGACACCUCGACCUGGUCCCUCCCCAGGUCCGGGGCCGUCUCCGGGAGGCAUGAUGGGCCCGAGCCCCUCUCCCGGCUCGGCCCACAGCAUGAUGGGGCCCAGCCCAGGACCUCCGGGGUCUGGACACCCCCACCCCCCACAGGGACCCUCAGGAUAUCCUCAGGACAACAUGCACCAGAUGCACAAACCAAUGGAAGCCAUGCAUGAGAAGGGGAUGCCCGAUGACCCCCGCUAUGCUCAGAUGAAGGGUAUGAGCAUGAGACCAGGGGGUCACAGCGGGAUGGGACCCCCUCCCAGCCCAAUGGACCAACACUCCCAAGGUUACCCGUCUCCGUUGGGCGGCUCGGAGCACGCGCCCAGCCCCGUCCCAGCCAACGGCCCUCCAUCUGGCCCCAUGAUGCCCGGAGGUCCCGCCGGCCCCAUGGAGGGCAGCGGGGACCCAAACCAGGGAAUGGGCCAACCUAACCGCGGGGGUCCCCAGGGCCCGGGCGGGCCCAGCGUCGCAGGGGUGGGACCCGGCGGUGCAGGUGGUCCCGCGCCUUUCAACCAGAACCAGUUGCAUCAACUCCGGGCUCAGAUCAUGGCCUACAAGAUGCUGGCGCGCAGUCAGCCGCUACCGGAUCACCUGCAGAUGGCCGUGCAGGGGAAGAGGCCCAUGCCAGGGAUGCAGCAACCGCCGAUGCCCAACAUGCCGCCCUCCGCGGGGCCUGCUGUCGGCCCCGGAGCGGGUCCGGGACCCGCCCAGGCCAACUACAACAGACCACACGGGAUGGUAGGUCCAAACAUGGUGCCUCCCGGACCUGCAGGCGUCCCCCCGGGUAUUCAAGGGCCACCUACCAACGGACCUCCCAAGUCAUGGCCUGAAGGGCCGAUGGUGAAUGCUGCUGCCCCCUCCAACCCUCCCCAGAAGCUGAUUCCACCUCAGCCCACCGGCAGACCCUCUCCCGCUCCCCCCUCCGUUCCCCCCGCCGCCUCCCCGGUGAUGCCUCCCCAGACGCAGUCGCCAGGACAGCCCGCCCAGCCGCCUCCCAUGAUGCUUCACCAGAAGCAGAACCGCAUAACCCCCAUCCAAAAGCCCCGCGGGCUGGACCCGGUGGAGAUCCUCCAGGAGAGGGAGUACAGGCUACAGGCCCGCAUCGCUCACCGCAUCCAGGAGCUGGAGAACCUGCCCGGCUCUUUAGCCGGUGACCUGCGCACUAAGGCCACCAUCGAGCUCAAGGCCCUCAGGCUGCUCAACUUCCAGAGACAGCUUCGCCAGGAGGUGGUGGUCUGCAUGCGCCGGGACACGGCUCUGGAAACCGCCCUCAACGCCAAGGCCUACAAGCGCAGCAAGCGGCAGUCGCUGCGGGAAGCCCGCAUCACCGAGAAGCUCGAGAAGCAGCAGAAGAUUGAACAGGAAAGGAAACGUCGCCAGAAACACCAGGAAUACCUCAACAGCAUCCUGCAGCACGCCAAGGACUUCAAGGAGUACCACCGCUCCAUCACGGCGAAGCUGCAGAAGGCCACCAAAGCCGUCGCCACCUACCACGCCAACACGGAGCGCGAGCAGAAGAAAGAGAAUGAGCGCAUCGAGAAGGAGAGAAUGCGGAGGCUGAUGGCCGAAGAUGAAGAAGGCUACCGUAAACUUAUCGACCAGAAGAAAGACAAGCGCCUGGCGUACUUGUUGCAGCAGACGGACGAGUACGUGGCCAACCUCACCGAUCUGGUGCGCGCCCACAAAGCCGUGCAAGCUCUCAAGGAAAAGAAGAAGAAGAAGAAAAAGAGGAAGCCGGUCAGUGUGGAGGGGGGCCUUCCUUCCCUGGGACCCGACGGAGAGCCGUUGGACGAGACGAGUCAGAUGAGCGACCUGCCGGUGAAGGUCAUCCACAUGGACAGCGGGAAGAUCCUGACCGGGAUGGAAGCCCCGAAAGCUGGUCAGCUGGAGACCUGGCUGGAAAUGAACCCGGGGUACGAAGUCGCGCCGCGUUCAGACAGCGAAGAAAGCGGUUCGGAAGAAGAGGAAGAGGAGGAGGAGGAAGAAGAGGAGAAACAACCUCAUUCUUCUGCAACCCAAGUGGAGGAGAAGAAGAAGAUUCCCAACCCUGACACCGACGAAGUGUCUGAAGUAGAUGUCCUCCAUAUCAUCGAACACGCCAAGCAGGAUGUGGACGACGAGUACGGCAACGCGAGUUUCAACCGAGGCCUGCAGUCCUACUACGCCGUGGCCCACGCCGUCACCGAGAAGGUGGAGAAACAGUCCACGCUGCUGAUCAACGGGCAGCUCAAGCAGUACCAGAUCAAGGGCUUGGAGUGGCUGGUGUCGCUUUACAACAACAACCUGAACGGCAUCCUGGCGGAUGAGAUGGGUCUGGGGAAAACCAUCCAGACCAUCGCCCUCAUCACUUACCUCAUGGAGUACAAGCGCCUCAACGGGCCCUUCCUCAUCAUCGUACCUCUCUCAACUUUAUCAAACUGGGUCUACGAGUUUGAUAAGUGGGCCCCGUCUGUUGUGAAAAUCUCCUACAAGGGGUCUCCAGCCGCUCGCCGCGCCUUCGUUCCCAUCUUGCGCAGCGGCAAGUUCAACGUGCUGCUCACCACGUACGAGUACAUCAUCAAAGACAAGCAGGUGUUGGCAAAGCUUCGUUGGAAGUACAUGAUCGUGGACGAGGGCCAUCGCAUGAAGAACCACCACUGCAAACUCACCCAGGUCCUGAACACGCACUACUUGGCCCCGCGCCGCGUGCUGCUCACCGGCACGCCGCUGCAGAACAAGCUGCCCGAGCUCUGGGCCCUGCUCAACUUCCUCCUGCCCACCAUCUUCAAGAGCUGCACUACGUUCGAGCAGUGGUUCAACGCUCCCUUCGCCAUGACCGGAGAGAAGGUUGACCUGAAUGAAGAAGAGACCAUCCUGAUCAUCAGGCGUUUGCACAAAGUGCUCCGGCCGUUCCUGCUGCGCCGACUCAAGAAAGAAGUCGAGGCUCAGCUGCCCGAGAAGGUGGAGUACGUGAUUAAAUGUGACAUGUCAGCUCUGCAGAGGGUUUUGUACAGACACAUGCAGGCCAAGGGAGUGCUGCUCACAGACGGCUCCGAAAAGGACAAGAAGGGUAAAGGUGGCACGAAGACCCUGAUGAACACUAUCAUGCAACUGAGGAAGAUCUGCAACCACCCUUACAUGUUCCAGCACAUCGAGGAGUCCUUCUCUGAGCAUCUCGGCUACUCCGGCGGCGUCGUGAGCGGCCCAGAGCUGUACCGCUCCUCUGGGAAGUUUGAGCUGCUGGACCGCAUCCUGCCCAAGCUGAGGGCCACCAACCACAAGGUGCUGCUCUUCUGUCAAAUGACCACCCUCAUGACCAUCAUGGAGGACUACUUUGCCUACCGCAGCUUCAAGUACCUGCGUCUGGAUGGAACCACCAAGGCGGAGGACCGCGGCAUGCUCCUGAAGACCUUCAAUGACCCGGCCUCCGAGUACUUUGUGUUCCUGCUGAGCACCAGGGCGGGAGGCCUGGGCCUCAACCUGCAGUCUGCCGACACGGUCAUCAUCUAUGACAGCGACUGGAACCCACAUCAGGACUUGCAGGCCCAGGACCGAGCCCACCGCAUCGGUCAGCAGAACGAGGUGCGCGUGCUCCGCCUCUGCACCGUCAACAGCGUGGAGGAGAAGAUCCUGGCCGCGGCCAAGUACAAGCUGAACGUGGACCAGAAGGUCAUCCAGGCCGGCAUGUUCGACCAGAAGUCCUCCGGCUGCGAACGUCGGGCCUUCCUGCAGGCCAUCCUGGAGCACGAGGAACAGGACGAGGUCGUGGCCAAAGGAGGCUGCCGUGCCAGGGGGGCGUGGGAGGAAGACGAAGUUCCCGAUGAUGAAACUGUGAAUCAGAUGAUCGCCAGAAGCGAAGAGGAGUUUGAACAGUUCAUGCGCAUGGAUCUGGACAGACGUCGCGAGGAGGCUCGCAACCCCAAGAGGAAGCCCCGUCUGAUGGAGGAGGACGACUUGCCCAGCUGGAUUUUGAAAGACGACGCCGAGGUCGAGAGGCUGACCUGCGAGGAGGAGGAGGAGAAGAUGUUUGGCAGAGGCUCCCGCCAGCGCAAAGAGGUGGACUACAGCGACUCGCUCACGGAGAAACAGUGGCUCAAGGCCAUCGAGGAGGGAAAUCUAGAGGACAUCGAGGAGGAAGUGCGCCACAAAAAGACCACCCGAAAGCGCAAGCGGGACCGCGACCACGACGGCGGGCCGGCCACGCCCGGCUCCAGCAGCGGCCGCGGGCGGGACAAGGACGACGACGGGAAGAAAGCAAAGAAACGCGGCCGCCCGCCCGCCGAGAAGCUCUCCCCCAACCCCACGUCCCUCACCAAGAAGAUGAAGAAGAUCGUUGACGCCGUCAUCAAGUACAAGGACGGGACCAACGGGCGACAGCUGAGCGAAGUCUUCAUCCAGCUGCCUUCUCGCAAGGAGCUGCCCGAGUACUACGAGCUGAUCCGCAAGCCAGUGGACUUCAGAAAGAUCAAGGAGAGGAUCCGGAGCCACAAGUACCGCAGCCUGAACGACCUGGAGAAGGACGUGAUGCUGCUGUGUCAAAAUGCCCAGACCUUCAACCUGGAGGGGUCUCUGAUCUAUGAGGACUCCAUCGUGCUGCAGUCCGUCUUCACCAGUGUGAGACAGAAGAUCGAGAAGGAGGACGAGAGCGAAGGAGAGGAAAGUGAGGAGGACGAGGACGACCUGGACGAAGGCUCAGAGUCUGAAUCUCGUUCAGUGAAGGUGAAGAUCAAGCUGAGCCGGAAAGAAAAGGGGGACCGAGGAGGAAAAGGACAACGACGGAGGGGCCGCGGUGCCCGGGCUAAACCAGUGGUGAGCGACGAUGACAGCGAGGAGGAACAGGAAGAGGAGCGCUCGGCCAGCGGCAGCGAGGAGGACUGAAGUGAACCAAUCCCGAUCGGACCAACGGCCCGCUGAGCCCCUUGACUGGACUUUAUAUAUUUUACUUAGAUACAGCGGGGAGACAGUCGGUGAAAGAGGCUUAGUUUUAAUAGAUGAGCGGAUUUUUAGUGGGACUAUUGUAUUCUCAUUAAAGUAUACCAUUAAUUGAAAAACCAAUUAAGUGAAAAAAAUGACUAAGAUAUGAAAGCUAUGAACCAUUCACUUCCAUAUUUAAACCAUUUUCUCUGUAUGAAUAGUAGUGUCUCUUUGCCUUUUUUUUGUUUUCUCCUGUAAGUGGAAAAUUGACGGAGCCUGAAUUAUAGACUGAUCGUGGGCCAUAAAGACAGCUAACUGUUUUGUUUUUUCGUUAAGUGGUAUUCAUUUAGUCGUCUUUUACUUUAAGACAAAGCGUACAUGUGAACCAGGAGUCACUGCGUUCCCUGAAGUCUCUUUUUGAAUGCAUGUCGUGCGUGUCUGUGGAAAAGCACCUGGGUGUGUCUUCGCUAUUCUCUCUGUGUUUAAUUUAAGACUACAAGCGGGAUCACGGUGCGUCCCACCCUGCAGCCCCUCCCUCUCAGGUUGUGUAUGUAAAGGGGGAGGAAGGGAUGGGACCAUUUUCUUGUGUCGGUGUCACUGGAUUCCAAAAAGUACAAUAAAGGCAUCUCAUAAUUA